AUGUUCUCCGGUUUCAAACGAGUUUUGCCUGAAAUUUCAAUUUUUCAUAAUCCUGCUUCGCCGCCUUCCACUAAGGCAUUAACACUUCUACGUGCCUCUUUAUCCAGUCCUUAUCCCGCUGGAAAGGCCGAUGUACCUCCUUUGCACUUCAAUCUUGAAGUAAUAGAGUCUCCGCCGACAUCAGACCAACUACGGACCAUCACGUCCUUCUUGCCGAAGAGUUCUCCGUCAUUAUUUUUAUCAGCGCACCCUUCGACCGCAUCCGAAACUCCUAACAUCUCGGAAAUAGUUGGAUUAGCGAAAAAGAAUCCUAACACGUUCAAGUGGCCCGUAGUGGUCGAUUGGGCUGCAGGAAAGGCCAGCGUAGGGGACGUUGAGGGGGUGAAAGAAAUUUUGGAGAAUCUGCGGAAGCAAAGGGACGGCGAAGCGAAAGGAGAGGAAGUGGACCAACCCAAAGGAUGGUUUAGCUAA